ACACCCCGUCGGGUUUGUUGGCCGCUGAUGCAUGCGAUAGGCUCGCGCAUGUUCCCUCGCAGGCAUGGCGCGUACUACGGAAAACUACGAAAAUAAGUAACUGCCGUAGCCUGUGGUUGCUGUGCUCGGCAACCGAAACCGGCAGGUCAUUGCGGGUUGGUAAAAUUCGAGCGAAGUGCCCGCGCACUUAACGGGACGACAGAGCUAGCGGCUCAAUCGAGCGAUUGCUUUCCUUGGCAAGCGCAGUGAAUGCGAGACUUCGGCGCUUGCCGAUUUCCAGCGUCAUGGCAACUGUUGCAUGCGCGCAGGCUUUACUCUACGCCGAGUACGCGUGAGCAAAGCCAAGCCCAUGGCGCACGUUGCAUGCGUCUUCGGCGGCACCCGCGGAAUCGGCCUGGCCGUGGCACAGCGGUUCUUGAGAGCGGGCAGCCCUGUGGCCGUGUUCUCGCGGGACCAGAAGAACGUGCAGGAGGCCCUCAAAGAACUAGCAUCGGAAGCCGGGGUUGUGCACGGACGUAAAUGUGACGUCCGCAAUGAAGCGAGUGUGCGAGAAGCCCUGGCCUGGGCCGAAGAUCAGGUCGGUCCUGUGCACUACCUCGUGACCGCAGCUGGCGUUGGCCUUGACCGGCUGCUCGCCCAGACAAGCGAGGCCGAGAUGCGACACCUGUUUGACACCAACGUCAUUGGCACGCUGUUCUGCACCAAAGCUGCCCUGAAGGCUGGCAUGCUGCGCCGCCGACAGGUGAGUAUUGUCAAUGUGGGCAGUGUUGUUGGUGAACGAGGCAAUGUUGGCCAAACUGUCUACUCUGCCAGCAAGGCUGCCAUGGUGGGCCUGACCCGCUCUCUUGCCAAAGAGGUUGCCUCUCGCAACAUCAGGGUCAACAUGAUUCAGCCCGGUUUCAUAGACACUGGCAUGACUCGCGCGGAACACUUGCAAGCAGUGGUGGGCCGCAUCCCCUUGCAGCGGCCGGGCCGCCCCGAGGAAGUGGCGCGUGCGGUGCAUUUUUUGGCAAGCAGCAGCUAUGUAACAGGGCAGGUGCUGCCCGUCGACGGUGGCCUCAGAUUGGCUAUGUGAAAAGCCCGAGCGCAAGAACCGCUCAGGCACAUGGGGAGGUGCCCGUGCGCACGAGGGCCGCCCAGGACAGGCCGUUGGACAGCACCAGGGGAAGCAAGAGUUCGGCCCCUUCCCAGGGCCAGGGCUUGCCGAGGUUCGAGCAGCAGUGCGCCGCCUGGCAUGGCCCGGUUGCCCAAACGGCUGUGAAAAACACGCGAGGCAACAAUGCAUUUUGGAGUCACUCACCCGAAUUUCCAAGAACAGUGUAUGCAGUAGCGUGCAGAUGCAGUUGUCUUACAUGACUGUUGUCUCAAAUCUUGUCUCAAAUCGUUCAGGCACAUUGCCAGACUCCCUGCAGUAUUUACUAAAGCAAAAUGUGAUUGAAGAAAUGUGCUAUAUAUAAGCAACCUAAACCUGGUAGUAAUACGUAGUAUGAUGCAUUAGUUGCUUAUGGUCACAUAAUCAGGAACCACCGUAGCAUAGCCCAGUCGCCCACGCAGCUGCAAAAAGACACGAACCAACAGAUGAGGCAACAACACACUUUGGAGUCACACACCAAGCUUUUACAAGUAGAACAGCAUAUAGAUAUGUACAUGGGCUGACCUUGACAGUUAAGUAGGCCGGUUAGAAUGUUUGUGUAAGGUCAAUACAUACUAUCGCCGUUAGUAGCUUGAUGAAACAGCAUGACAGAAAAGGAAAGGCGAGCACAGGCGGAAUUUGGUGUGGCUAAUUGUGCCUGUGUUUGUCAUUUCCUUUCUGUUUUCCUGUGUCGUUGCACUGCUUACGGUGACAUUAGACAGGGGUUUGUAGUAUGGAGAAGUACUAUUUAACCAAUGUUGACGUCGAGUGUUUCAGCUAACUGGCACCUAGUGUUACAAAAACAUGCAUGCCUUGCGUGUGUGUCCUAUCGGUUCAGUACUGUUCUGGGCGAUACCCAGAGUGCCAGAAUAUUUUUUCCAAUCUUCCAGUUGGUUAUUUAUGAAGAUUGCAUAAUAACAUUUUAACUAAUAAACUCAGGGGGAGUUCUUUAGUGCAAUAAUUGUACUACUCGUUCUAAAACAGUAUUUCACUCAUGCUUAGGUAAUUGCCAAUCUUAUUAACUGUUUGAACAACAAAUACUGCCUAAUUAAGCUUUUAAAUAGUAGUUCUAAUAAAAAAUAUUCAACAGAAAAGUUGUAAAGUUUCUUUAGAAGUAUUGGAUGAUCUGCACUAAAAUAACCAGCAGAUAGUUUUUUUUUUUUUUCAGCUUUAUUUUAGAGUGCCCUUGAUUGAAAAGUAUACUGGGUGCAAGUUAGCUGUAACACCUCGUGUAGUUGGUAGCAUUUACAUGAUCAAAAAUAUGUUGAAAAUGUACUAUGAACAAGCUGACUAUGGUAGCUAUAGUUAUGUUAUGACAUAUUGGUAGUUUAUGGUCACAUACUCAUAAAAUGGACUCAACUUUCCUGAAAGGAUAGCAUGUGCAGCAGUGUGCACAUGGAAGUGUCACGUGACUUGUGCCUCAUAUCAUUCAGGUACAUUGUUAGACCUACAGGGUUGAGUAAACAGGGAGUUUGCAUUACUAUUUACACAAAGAAAGAUGUUAUAGUGAAUUGUCUUAUGUAUUAGUAGUAUAAAUAUGGUAGCUGUAGCAUGACAUAGCUGUUUACAAUUACAUACGCACAAAACACGUGGUUGAAACAGUACUUGUCAUGCCGUUUGUUUCAGGUCAUGUAGAACACAAGAUAAGGAAGAUACAAAGGUUCACAUGUUUACUGCACGGAAAGAAAAAAAAAAUGGAAAUGUGUUUCGUGAAGGCAGUGCAAUACAAUGCUUCAAGAAGAGACCUCUCUCCUUUCUGUAAAUAAACUUACCUCCUCCUCCUACUCGUAGAACGAAUAAAUGAGGUUUCAGAGUGAUUUAAUAUAUUGCAAAGUGGGGAAUUUCAUUGAGAUGUAUGUAUUUGGGAGCAGUGAAUACCUAAAGAGUUUAUUUGGGUUUCUGAUUUUCUCUUGCUUUGUGGUUGUGGUUGUACCGAUACAUGCCGACACUGAUAAAUUUAUGCAGAAACCUCCGGCUGUCUGAAGACCACCGUGUGCUAUACAAGAUAUCAAGGAGAGGGGACGGUAGUCCUCAUAGGGUGUACCGACACAAAAAUAUUUAGUUCUUCAUUUUUCACAUAAAGUAAAAGGCCAUGCCUUCAAAAGAUUAGAAAAUGCACUGGUAAGCAUGAAUGCGCCAUAAAAAUAUAGUUGUAUCUUUGAAAGCUAGUUUUGGUUUCUACUGUAGUCCGACGUCGCGAUACAGUACGAGCUCUUUAUCGCGGGGUUGCACAAUGUGUGACGUUACCAUGGCCGCUCUGCUCCACGACUCUGUUAUUGUGCAAAAGCAGUUAUUGUGAACGUUUUUACGGAUACGCAAGCGGACGUUUUAAACGUUUCGCCCCUGAUGUUAUCACGACUAGCCAUACUGAUGAAGGCAUCAGGAUAGCCUGACGUCACGAUAGUGGCGAUGUACAUGAAGUGCAUCGUGCAAAAAAAAAGGCUUUAAUGUCAAAAUGAAACAUCUUAGUGUUUUUUUGAGCUUCUUAUUUGCACAGAGCCACCGCUGUGUAUAAGGUAUCGGUAUUGCAGGGUAAACUUGGCCUCAGAAAAUUCGUGUUAGUACCCCUUGAAACAUGUAAUAAAGGUCACAUUGUUCAUCAAAUCAUGAGAUGCGGCAUUCUUGUACUCUGUUCUCUGGUACCGGAGCUCCAUUUUUCAAACUUCAGUUUGAUCUCAUUCCUGGCUGUUGAAAUAAAAUGUUGUGGUUGAAUGUGGUUAAA